AUGAGUUUGUGUGUCUCGUUUGACGGGGCGUUUGUUUUUACGUACCUGGGGUCGCGUCUAUCUGGGGCGCAGCGUCGCCCGUGGAGUACAGCAGUGCGGGCACGAGAUCGCUCACCCGCCUCCGACACCGUCACCUGGCUGGUGUAUGGAGGAGUGGGCGAGCCAUGGAGUGAGUCGACGGCAGGCCGGCCAGGCGUGGAGGGAGGCAUGGUGAUUGUGAUGAGUUGA